AUGGCAGCCGUAGCCGAUUCACUUGAAUCCAAUCUUUCUCAAAUGGAACAAUAUCUGUCAACAAACCCUUAUCGAGAGUAUGCCAUGCAUCGACCCUAUUUACCAUCAAAUAAAUCACUAUCAUCAUUAGUGCAAACAACGGGCACAUUUAAACGUCUAAAUAAUAAUGCUAUAACAACAAAACUUUCAUCAACCUAUCAUGAACUUAUCGAUAAUCGAAAACCAAUUGUUCUAGACCGUUUAACCUAUAAACUUCGUAUGAAAUCCAAUUUGAAUGUCAAUAAUCUAAAUGAAUCAAAAUCAAAUCAUUAUAAUAAUGAUUUGUUACAUCAACUAACUACAUUAAAAACAAGUCGUACGAUGCAUCAUGCUCCAACAAUUAUUAGUGCAACGACAACAAAUACGAACACGAUGCCAAGUAUGAAAUUGAAUUCAUCAUCGAAUGAUCAAUCAACAUCCGAUAUCAUGGUGCAAGCAAAUGCUAUGCAUGUUGGUACAUUAGACGACCUUAUCAAACAAUUUCGUCGUGCAGAAUACAAAAUUAUCAAACGUCCCGAUCUCAACAGCGCUAGCACUAACCAAUCUUCAAUAUCGACCAAACAAUCAGCAUCUGAGAGAACAAAACAUAAGCUAAGUCAGCCAUUAACUGAGUACCAGCUGAAUGUUCCAUUAUCAAGUGGCAAUUAUCAGCGUUCUCCAACCACUAUUCUCGACAACAAUAGUGGUAAAACCAUCAACGCAUAUUAUAAAGAUGAUAUGCAUCAAGGUGUGGUGUAUCACUAUCGAACACGUGAACGUACUGAUUACGGUUUUCAAUUACCAAAUGAAAUACAACAUACUCGUACGCCCGUACCAUCAUAUCAACAAUCAACAGAACGUUUACAUGACAGUGAAGUAAACCGAAAAAUCAACAACGAUAAACGUAUUAAAAAUGCUCGCGAAAAAGUGGAAAAUCGAAAUGAAAAAAAAGUAUGUAUUUGUAAUAAACUAACAAUUAUUGAUCCAUUUCAUAAUUUAAAUGUUGAUGAUGUUGAUGAUGGCCAAUUACCUCAUUUAAAACACCAUGUACCAUCUGUACGAUAUAUUUUUCCCCCUGUACGUCCUUUUGGUUACUUCACAAGAAAAAAACAAUCUACUGACGACGACAAUAUGACUCCUCCGCCACUACUACCAAAACCAAAAACGAGACGUCGACGACGUAAAAAACAAGUACAACAUGAUUCAGCAACAACAGGAAAUAGUGACAAUGAUACAUUGAAAAAUGAUUCAGUUGCGGAAAAAGAUGAUGAUUAUGACAUCAUUACGUUAAAUGGAACAUUGGAUGACGCGCAGAACAGUUUUGAAGAAAGUGUACUCAACUUCAAUGCACCACUUCUGAGUACAGAUGAACAACAAAAGCGUUGA